AGGUCUCCGCAGUGUUGCUUAACUGGAACGUGUCACCCCUAUGGCCUCAGCAAUGCCCCUGGCAAUGAUGUGGGAGGAGGUCACGUGCCCUAUCUGCCUGGAUCCCUUCGUGGAUCCUGUGAGCAUCGAUUGUGGCCACAGCUUCUGCCAGGAAUGCAUUUCUGAGGUUGGGAAAGAUGGGCGCAGCAUCUGUCCUGUGUGUCGGCAACGCUUCAUGCUCAGGAACCUCCGGCCCAACCGGCAGGUAGCCAACAUGAUGGAAAACCUUAGAAAAAUCAGCCAGGAUGCCACCAAGGAGGGAACACCGGGGAUGCAGUGUGCAGUGCAUGGAGAGAAACUUCACCUGUUCUGUGAGGACGAUGGGAAGACCCUUUGCUGGGUGUGCGCCCAAUCUCGUAAACACCGUGACCACUCCAUGUUCCCUAUCGAGGAGGCUGCUCAGGAGUACCAGGAGAAGCUCCAGGUCGCAUUGGAAAAACUAAGAAAAAAACAGGAGAUGGCUGAGCAUUUGGAAGUGGAAGUUGCAAUGAAGAGAGCAGACUGGAAGAGGAAGGUUGAGACACAAAAAUCUACGAUUCAUGCAGAGUUUGUGAAGCAAAAAAACUUCCUUGCCAUAGAGGAAGAGAGGCAGCUGCAAGAGCUUGAGAAGGAUGAGAGGGAACAGCUGAGAUGUCUGGGGGAGAAAGAGGCUGAGCUGACCCAGCAGAGCCAGGCCCUGCAGGAGCUGAUCUCAGAGCUGGAGUGGAGGAGCCACAGCUCAGCGCUGGAGCUGCUGCAGGAGGUGAAAAUUGUCCUGGAAAGGAGUGAAUCCUGGAACCUGAAGGAGCUGGACAUUGUCUCCCCAAACCUGAGUAGUGUGUGCUGUGUGCCGGGACUGAAGGAGAUGCUGAGGAUGUGUGGAGUGCACGUCACUCUGGAUCCAGACACAGCCAACCCCUGGCUCAUCCUUUCAGAGGAUCGGAGACAAGUGAGGCUUGGAAUCUCUCGGCAGGAGGUGCCUGAGAAUGAAGAGAGAUUUGAUAAUUAUCCCAUGGUCCUGGGUGCUCAGCGCUUCAACUCUGGAAAACUUUACUGGGAGGUAGAUGUGACGGGAAAGGAGGCCUGGGACGUGGGGGUUUGUAGCGACUCGGUACAGAGGAAGGGUUUUUUUUCACCCAGCUCCAAGAAUGGCUUCUGGACAAUUUGGUUGUGGAGUAAACAAAAAUAUGAGGCUAGCACCUACCCCCAGACUUCCCUCCACCUUCAGGUGCCUCCACGCCAAGUUGGGAUUUUCCUAGACUAUGAGGCUGGCACUGUCUCCUUCUACAACAUCACUGACGACGGCUCCCUCAUCUACAUCUUCUCUGAAUGUGACUUCACUGGACCUGUGCGGCCCUUCUUCAGUCCUGGUUUCAAUGACACAGGAGGAAACGAAGGCCCUCUGACCCUCUGUCCACUGAAGACAAGACAGUAGGGACCCAGUGACUGUUGAUGGCGCUCUCUGGGCACUGCCACCCUCCCUGUUGGCACCCCUUCUCAGCCACAGACCCUGCGUCUUUUCCGAUGAACUCUGUGCCUCCUCUGUCUCUACAGAGGGACCAGGAUCCCAGCCAGCAGGCUUUAGCGGCAAGGUCACUUCCACACCAUUAUUGCUGCCCUAGAUUGCCUUAUGAUUCCCUCUAGGGAAGCAAACUCCUUAUAUUUGGCCCAGAUGCAUCUGGAUCAACAAAAAUGUGAUUCUGCCUAAGUUUUGUUUUGUUUUCUCCUCUCUGUCUCUAGGUUGUUGCCUUUGGUCAGAUCUCUAUUAUAUCUUGCAUGGUUUGCAAAAGAGCUUUCAAAAAAAAUUGUACCUCAAUCUAUCCUAUUCGGUCCUUCUUCCUAA